UCCUGAUCUGGUCGCAACUCUUCAGCUUUCAGUUAUCGAGUCCGUUGCUUAGACACCUAGCAACGGCCUUUGACGGAGGGUCGAGGUUGGUGGGGCCAGAAAUAAAGACGAAAGAAACUCCACGCCAGUAACGACAACGGAUAAUGACCGAGUCGCGUCAACCUUGAGUUGGACUCGCCCCAUCAAUCAAAUAUAAUUAGCCUCCGCGUUGUGGUUGACCGCGGAUAACCUCCUUUGCCCGAAACUCUGCUGUCCAGCCCACAAGCUUUAGUCUCUUAUAGUCAACGUCAACUCCAACCACGGCUCGGACUGGCAUCCUGACCUUGGCUUGGCAUCGAGCACGCCGCCAAUGCUACUCAACCGGGCAUGGACAAGGAGGAGGAGCUUCUCGUCAUAUUACUCCAUGAUUGACAUGACUGAUCAGCCCAUCGCGCCGUUUCACAACCCAUCUCAGCCCUAAAUAGACAGAAAAAGCCCGAGAUUACUAGAUCUGCCGGCUGCUUCGUCACGAAUGGCAUCUACAUCACAGGAAAGCGGCUUUGCCACGCCUACGCUAGAGAAGGCAAUCAUCACUGCGAAGCGAAAACGAGCAAGUAGGCCCAAAGUGCGGACCGGCUGUCUGACUUGCAAAAUCAGACGCAUCAAGUGCGGAGAGGAGCGGCCCGCUUGUUCGCGUUGCACGUCAACAGGCCGGGCUUGCGACGGCUACGACAAAGGCCUGCCAGUUCGGCCAAGAGACAGCGAUGCUCUCGUUCCCCAGGCUCUACUCAUCCGAGUCUUGUCUGAGAGUCAAAACCCUCGAUUGCUGCGUCCCCUCGUUGCCGACAUUGACGGCACUCACACGGAGCGCGUCUACUUCCACCGCUUCCGUCGCAUGGCAGAGGCCGGCCUCUCCAACCAUGUCACGAACCUCACCAGUUUCUGGAGCCGCAUCGCCACCCAGCUAAGCCACUCGGACGACGCCGUGAAGCACGCCAUUGUCGCCCUCGGCUCUGCCCAUCACAUGUAUCAGACGGCCCCUCCUCGUGGCGGAGAGACGCCUCCCCGCGAGCUCGAAAUCUUCACCAUCCAGCAGUACGGCACGGCCAUGUCCAAGCUCUCCAGCUAUGCCCACGUUCCGAUGAAGGACAGGAUCACCGUCACGCUUCUCUGUUGCGUGUCGUUUGUCUGCAUCGAGUCCUUGCGGAAUAACUGGCGACCAGCGCUGACGCAUCUUUCGAAUGGCCUGCGCAUCAUUGAGAGUCUGCCCAUGAGCAAGCUCAACGAGCUGCGAGACGCUGUUCCCGCUCAUGCUAGCGCAGACUCCUCGGAAGACGUCUUGUCGAUGGACUACAUCCUGAGACUCUUCGCCACCUGGGAGAUCUCGUGUGCGCUCUUUGCCGAGAACUUCAAGCCCGUUAUCGCCAUCAAGCUGUAUGAGGGGCGAGAGCUCGACGACACGCUGCUGGAUGAGUUCAAGACCAUUGCGGAUGCGCACCGAGCCAUCGUGCAAUACACGCGCGACGUGUUUGCCCUGGUCUGGCUGACAAAGGAGCAACAAGGCGACGACGAGUUCUGGGCUCGCCCCGUACCACACCGCCAACAUAAGAUCCUCAUGGAACGGGGCAAUCACCUGACGGGUCUCUUCCAACGCUUCAUGGAAAGGCCUCAAGCCCCCGCGAGCGGUACCAAAGAGCAUCACUCCAUCUGCCUCGACAUGCUCCACUACAAGUGCGCGCGUCUGAUAUGUCAGACGCUGCAUCAGAAGCCGCACCAGAGGCAGCAGUCGCCCGACGUCGUCGCCCAGCACGCGGAGCUCGUGUCGUUAGCUGCCCUGCUACACCAAGGGCUGGUUGCCAAGCAGCGCGAAACUGGGGCAAUGCCUCGGUCGUUCACGCUCGAUAUCGGCAUCAUACCGCCCCUCUACUUUAUACUUGUUACCUGUCAAGAUCCCGUGAUCCAGGGGAAAGCUCUGGGGGUGUUGCGAAACUACCCGCAGCGAGAAAACCUCUGGGACGGCAACUUUGUGCGCAACUUGUUGGUCACUGUUGAGAAUCUCCCUCGCUCGACCUUCAACUCGAUGGCGACAUACCCUCACGAAGUACCUGCGAUCGCCGAAGAAAAGACCGGAUUCGACCUAAACCUCCAGCAUGGACACCAGGACCUCGUCCAGGCCGUCGCCUUCAACGCCUACGGUGACCGGUGUGCGACAGGGUCCGUAGACGGCAAGAUCAAGGUCUUUAACCGCCACAAGGACGGCGUCUGGCACCACUGCGAUACCUGGGGUGCCCACGGCGGCGAGAUCCUCGAGCUCCAGUGGCUCCCACCGACAGUCUACCCGAACCUCAUCGCCUCCCUCGGCAUAGAAGGCCGCUUCAAGCUGUGGGCGGAAGACCCGUCAGCAGCACCGGGUCGUCGAUUCAGCGCCAGCAGCCGCGCGACGACGAGCAAAGCCGCCUACGAAAUGCGCUCUCCCAAAUACCCCUACCGCUCCUUUUCCAUGAAACACAACGAAGAGACGCGGCACACGUACCUCGCCCUGCUCUCCACCGAGGGCCGCCUGGUAGUGUACGAGAACGAACAGCCCGAAAACAUGUCGGAAUACACACAAAUCGACGAGCUGAGCAUAUGCCCCAAGCCGAGCCGCGGCGAGGAAAUUAGCUUCAAGGUCCGCUUCGACCCGAACCUGGACCCGUGCUACAACGCCUUGCGGGCGGGCGUGGCGAGCGACUCCUUGGGGCUGGUCGUGGCAGGCAUGUCGUCGGUCAAGAUCUACCGCUCGAGGGACGUGAUUGCGACUUCGUAUGGCGUGGCGCAGACACAACGAGAGUUUUAUCUUGCCGUCGAGGUAGGCGUCCACCGCGGCCUCGUACGCGACGUGGCGUGGGCGACGGGCAAUAUUCGAGGGUACGACACCAUCGCGACGGCGUGCCAGGACGGCUGCGUGCGCGUGUUCCGCAUCGACACGCCGCACUCGGCCGACGACGGCAAGACGUGGGCCACGACGGAGCUCACCAAGCACGAAAACCACUAUGCGCAAGCAUCGGCAAAGGCGGGAGGGCAGACGAACGACAAGCAGCAGCAGCAUCAAUCGGGACUCAGCGCAAGCCUGGCAAAGUCUGGCUCGCAUGCGGAACGGCAUUUUUCGGGGCAGCCGGGCCAGGUGAAGCACGUUUUCAAGGAAGUUGCCAAACUCGACAGCCACCGCACGCCUGUCUGGCGCGUCGGGUUUGACGACGACGGACAGAUCCUGGCCAGUACGGGUGACGAUGGCAAGCUUGUGUGCUACCGGCAGACCCCGAGCGGCACAUGGGCCAAGAGUUCCGAGUUGGCCAUGGUCAAGACAAGAAUGGCAACGGUUUGA